AUGAGUAGUAACAUUGCCUGAAUGUUACCACUUGCACCCUUCAACAAGCUUCAAAAAGUUAUUACAAAUUUUUAAACAAUUCAAAAAUGCACAGUGAAAUGAUUUCAUGGACAGUCGGCACCAGCUGUCAUCCAUACUCAAGCACAUGUGCGUUGUUUAAAUUAUUAAAUUAACAAUUAUGGCAAAAUUGGGCGCUUAUUACGGCCUAUGUCCCUUAAUUGACCACAGAAGUUUACUAGGAAUCACCAAAGACGAAGAAAACGGUGUUGUUAUAGUCACUUUGGGCAAAAAUAUCGCUGUGAAAUAUAAACUUUCAGACCAAAAACAGCUACACAGUUGGCGGACCAAAGAAAAGUUCAGCUCUCCUAUCAUCUACGAUAAGGAGCAGUCAAAAUAUGUGGCCGUAUUCAAUGAAAAUUUUCUGCGGGUUUGGAGCGAAAAUGAGGAGUUUAUUGAUAAGUUAAAAAAGUUUAAGUUUAAUCAACAAAUCCAGACCAUAUUCACGUGUAAUGAGAGAAGCUUUAUUGUGUUUAAAAAUGGGGCUGUUUUAUUGCUAAGUGAUGCGAUAGAGAGGCGCAAAGAGCUGACACUUGAGAGUGUGAUCGAUUCAGAUUCUGAAUCUAUUUAUGAGGUGUUAAAUGCCAGUUUUAACAAUUCGGUGUAUGUUGGUUUAGUUGUUAAAACUAAUCAUAAUUUUUGUUUGUAUUGGACAAAGUUUGUGGAGGACAUUCAAGACAAUUUCUAUAAAAUUUCUUUCAAAAGGGGGAACGCUGAUUUGACUGGUUAUGUGUUACACGUUGAUAAAUUCUCCGUAAAUUUUCUCUCUUUGUGGAGUGACGGGAGGGUUUAUUCAGUCGAAUUAAAAGAAACAGACCCUGAAUCCGCAGACAUUGGCGAAUUAUUCACAGUUAUUGAAUCGAUAUCGUGUAAAGAAUACGUCUCCUUGGUUUCCCUGGACCCCAACUACAUUGCAUUAUAUGGUUGUAAUUCUAACGAAGAAGGAGCUUUGCUAGUUAUCUACAACGUCCAGUUUAAAGUGGUUCAAACAAGACAGUCCUUCAAAUUAUUUACAAAUGGGGCAAAACUGUGUUGCAUUGAUGGCAAUUUAUUUUUCCCAGUGGGUCAGAAUCUUGCAGUGUUGCCAUUCCAUUUAGAUAUGGAACAAUUGGCAGCACUUGUUGGUAGUCACAAAGUUGUACAAACUGAACCAGAUCCUGAUAUUUCCAUUGUCCAUAAAGUACAGUUUGUUAGUUGGGGUAAAGAAGCUGAUUCUGAUGUAACAAAAGUGCCGGAAAAAAUCAAGCCAAAAGUUGACGAUUUUGUACGUCAAGGUUUAUCAGAUAAUUUUAUUUUUGAAACACUUUUGGCGGAAGUUUUGGACGAAAAAAAUCUGGACGCGCUUACGCAAAUGGUAAAUUAUUUCCCCGACAUACCGGAGAGUUGUUUAGUUAAGGUUUUAAAAUUUCUAAUUAAUUUAGAAUCCAAGUUGUUUAAGACUAAAACACAAAGUGGUGCCAGUAAUUUUCCUUCCAGUUUGCAACCGGUUGAAAGAACUGAGCUACUUGAUGUUAUUUUAACCAAAUCAUUUAAUGAAACUUUGCUUUUGUCGCAUCUUCGCUCAAUUUUGUCACUUGAUGAAGUGUUAGUAUUGCUGCAAUAUAUUCAUUUUUUGUUGUCUGAAGAUGGACACUGUUUGCCGUCUCGUAACGUUAUAGAAACGGAAGCAAAACUAAUUGAGUGGAGUUGCAUUUUGUUGGAUGCUAAUUACCAGAAGUUUUUAUUAAGUAGAGAUAAUAAAAUCAGUGAAGUUCUUUCAUCACUGAAAAAUCAAAUAAAAGAGGAACUCGGUUCUUUUGAUGAUUUACGACAGGUUGCAGCCUUGUUGACUGAAAUAAAAAAUAAACGGCCCAUUCAAAAGAAAAUUCACAUGGGAGGAAUGGACUAUUCAAUAGAAGAUUUUCCUUUGUAUUAAACUUGUUUAAUAUACCUUUGUUUUUUACAA